AUGAGUGCCAACAUCUCUGCAUCCAAGGCUAAGCGUCUCGCAGCUAGAGCUGCCAAGAAGGGAACUCCCAAGUCCUCUGGAAAGAACACACCCAUCAUGGCUUCUGAAAACAACUCAUCUGAAGAUUUAGGUGUCGACAAUCUCAAAAUCAGUACUGAUCGUACUGCUACUGGUGUGUACACCUCUCAAGAGAGAAGCAGAGAUAUCAAGAUUGAUUCCUUCUCUCUCAACUUUCACGGUCGUGUGUUGAUUGAUAACGCUUCCAUCGAACUCAAUUUUGGUAGACGUUAUGGUCUCAUUGGUGCUAAUGGUUCUGGUAAAUCCACCUUCUUGGAAUCUCUUGCUGGCCGUGAUAUCGAAAUCCCUGAGCAUAUCGAUAUUUAUCUUUUGAAUCAAGAAGCUGAACCUUCUGAUCAAAACGCUGUCGAAGCUGUCAUUGCUUCUGCCCAAAAGGAAGUUGCUCGUCUUGAGAAGCAAGUUGAGGAUAUUCUCGGUGAGGAAGAUGGAGGAGACAACCCAUUGUUGGACGAUAUCUAUGAACGUAUUGAACAAAUGGAUCCUGCCACUUUCGAGACCAGAGCCUGUACUUUGUUGGCUGGUUUAGGUUUCGAUUCCAAGCAAAUGAAGAAGAUGACCAAGGACAUGUCUGGUGGUUGGAGAAUGCGUGUUGCUCUUGCUCGUGCUCUUUUCAUUAAGCCUACCUUGUUGCUUUUGGAUGAGCCUACUAACCAUUUGGAUUUGGAAGCUACUGUCUGGCUCGAAGAAUACUUGAAGACCUACGACCGUAUUCUCGUCAUCGUGUCUCACUCUCAAGAUUUCUUGAAUGGUGUCUGUUCCAACAUGAUGCACUUGACCCACAAGCGUAAGCUUAUCUACUAUGGUGGUAACUACGAUAUGUUUGUCAAGACCAAGGAAGAAAACGAAGUCAACCAAGCCAAGGCCUACGCCAAGCAACAAGAAGAAAUUGCUCACAUCAAGAAGUUCAUUGCUUCCGCUGGUACUUACGCCAAUUUGGUCAGACAAGCCAAGUCCAAGCAAAAGAUCAUUGACAAGAUGGAGGCUGCUGGUCUCAUCGAAAAGGUCGAGAACCCCUUGGCUUUCAAGUUCUCCUUCACCGAUGUCCCCAAGCUCCCCCCUCCCGUCCUUGCCUUCCAAGAUGUCUCUUUUGCUUAUGAUGGUAAGAUGGAGAACUGCCUUUACAGAAACCUCGAGUUGGGUGUUGAUAUGGAUUCUCGUAUCGCCUUGGUCGGUCCCAAUGGUGCUGGUAAGUCUACUUUGCUCAAGUUGAUGGAUAACGAGCUCGUCCCCACUGGUGGUCGUGUUCAAAAGCACACUGCCUUGAAGCUCGGUAAAUACUCCCAACACUCCAACGAUCAACUCGAUAACAACCUUUCUGCUAUCGAUUACAUGCGUAACAAGUUCCCUGGUGAAUCCACUGAUCUCGAACACUGGCGUCGUCAACUUGGUCGUUAUGGUUUGACCGGUGCUCAUCAAACAUCUCUUAUCAGUACUCUCUCUGAUGGUCUCAAGUCUCGUCUUGUGUUUGCUGAAUUAGCUGUCCUCCGUCCUCACAUCAUUUUGUUGGAUGAACCUACCAAUCACUUGGAUAUGGAGUCUAUCGACUCCCUCGCCGAUGCCAUUAACCGUUUCUCUGGUGGUGUUGUGCUUGUUUCUCACGAUUUCCGUUUGAUUUCUCAAGUUGCCAAGGAGAUCUGGCGUUGUGAAAAUGGCCAUGUCAAGCCUUUCGAAGGCACCAUUGCCGGUUACAAGGAACUGCUCAGAAAGAAUGUCAAGUUGUAA